AUGUCCGACCCUAUCCAUGUUACUGAAUUCUUGACUCUCACAAGCACUGAUGCGAUAAAGACCACUGAUCAUUUUCGCGAACUCGUGGACAUCAUUCGCAAAGAGAUUCCUACCUUUCAAAGCUAUCACUGGGGAGACCGAGUUCAAGAGCCAGGCAUCCGCCAGUUGAUUAUUUGUUUUGGCGACGACCCAAGGGAUAAAUACACACCCGCUCUGCUUAAAUCCCUUGACGAUAAACUCAAUUUGAUCUCUACAAGCUAUGAGCGCAAAUUCUUCGUGUUAAACCCGUUCCUGCCGGGUAAAUACUUCAGUGCACCUUAUACUGAAGUCAUCUUCGCUACUACAAAGCCGGAUAUCAAUCUCGAAGAGUUCAACAAGGUGUGCAACGCAUCGCUCAGGCCGUGCGAUGUGUUCCCCGGCUGUUACGGUACAUCUUGGGGAUACUAUAUUGGAAAAGGGGAAGAGAUUGUCAUGGUACUUGGAUGGGAAAGCCCAGAGCACCACCAGGCCUUUCAUAAAACGGAUAUAUGCAAAACUACGACUGCCCCGUUCCUUGAGAUGGUCUCCGAUGCGAAGUGGUUCUAUAUCCAGGCUAGAGAAGACUAAGAAACGCGAAGUUUGAUGAUCAAUUGUGAUGGUUGUGUACGAGUAACUACCCGAAUUUUCUGCAUGUAGAUACGAAUGUACGUAAGGUACUUGCAUUGAAAAUCCGUCAGACGACGGUAGAUCUAUAGC